AUGGCAACUUUGUCCCCGGUGCCAUCGGGCUUGAUACCCCCGCUGACUGUCGACAACGACCUAAACCAUAAUGGAGUCAUUACUGUUAUCGCUUCCUUUGCAUUAUUCUUGGUCGUGGGGUCGCUAGGCAUUCGCGUGUAUUCUGCAUACAAUAGGAGAGUCUAUCAGUUGGAUGAUGCGACUUUUGCUGCAACAGUGAUCCUAGCCUUGGCACAUAUUGUGACGGUCUUUGUGCAGAUUCAUUUUGGUUGGGGGAAAUCAAAGUCUCUGAUCGCAGAUCAAGACCGAAACCGAGUGGAAAAGGCAGCAUACUCGGCGGAUCUCCUCUACGUCGCAAUACUUUCCUCUUCAAAAGCAUCAACCGCUCUUUUCUACCGGACUAUCACUUUCCGGAGCUUGCUCUGGAUGGCUUACGGCCUUCUCAUCGUCAUUCUUCUCUGCGCGCCCAUCACGAUAAUCUUACUAGCAGUGCGAUGCAGUCAUCAGCCGUGGCAUGAUAUCAACAAUCAAUGUCCUGUCCUGUUGUCUCACUGGCAAAUACUCACAAUUUUGGAUAUCAUUCUUGAGGUCACGAUAUUGCUGUAUCCCGUCCGUUCAAUCCUACAACUGCAGAUCAUAUUGAGCAAGAAGAUCAUCGUGAUCUUGAUACUUGGUUUUCGAUCCUUCCUGAUCCCUAUCGGCGCGGUCCAUCUCCAUUACAUGAACCGACAAGUGAAUUCAUCCGAUCCAACACUCGAAGGAAGCCUUGCUACUAUUCUCGCAGAGCUUCAUGUGGCACUCAGCGUGCUGGUCCUGACUGCGCCAUUAAUGAAACCUUUUAUCGCGGCCUAUGUGGACGAGAAUGGACUGGCCUAUACCGACGACGCGUCCAAUUCACGAAAGAAUCCAAAACUCACAGCGCAAUGCAACCAAUCUUAUGGAACGGAUUGUGCUUUACGACCAGGUAAUCCCCUAGCGAAAGAUCGCAUACUGAAGGGCAUCGAAAUUUUGGUCGAUCGCGAAGCCGUGGAACUACAUGACAGACGAUGA